UCCACUGUGCAUUGGAAGAUUUAGUGCGAACCAAGUUCGGCGAAGAGGCCUGGGAAAAAAUUCUGAAGAAGAGUCGUGUGAAGCUGCAUGGCGGAUCCUUCUUGAUGCACAGGGUUUACGCGGAUGACGUCACAAUGAAGCUGGUUCAAUCUGCGUCAGAAGUCUUGGAAAUGAGCAAGGACUCCUGUCUGGAAGCCCUCGGCUGCCAUUUCCUCUUCUUCUGCCAGCAGCACGGCUACGAUAAAAUUCUACGCGUUCUGGGUUCAAACUUAACGGAUUUUCUCACCAACCUGGAUAACCUGCACGAUCACCUAGCCGGCAGCUACCCGGGCAUGAGCGCUCCUUCUUUUAGGGUCACUCCUGGGCCUCUUGGCUCCAUACACCUGCACUACUGCAGCCAGCGCAGAGGACUUCAUCCCAUCGUUAAAGGUCUCGUCAAAACAGUCGCCGGAGAAUUCUUCGACACCGAGGUCACCGUGAAUACGUGCAAAAUCAUGGACGAAGGCGAUAAGGUCAUCGUUUUAAUGGAAGUUUCCGAAGUGCUGCUCAAGGUUGAUAUGCCGGAGCUGCUACCAAAUCCGUUUGGAAUGCAAAAGAGGUCGUCUUUUACUUCAGCGCAUAUCACGGACCAUUUGAGCCAGCAGCCUCAAGACCUCCCCGUGGAUGUGAAGACCUUUUGUAGUGCCUUUCCCUUUCAUGUGAUGUUUGACCGAGACUUUAACAUCAGGCAGGUCGGAAAAGGUCUCCUGAGACUCACCAAGUCCAUGUGGACCAAAGGAAAACCCGUGAAAUUUACGGAUAUGUUCACGAUAUCGCGUCCUGUCAUCGAGUGCACUUUCGAAAGCAUCCUGGGGUUCCUCAACCAAGUGUACGUCGUUGUAGGCAAGGAGGGAGUUCUUGAGAAAGAACACAAGGCGGGACACGUUGCAACAAGCAGUAAUGUGUUACCGGGUCCCAGAAAAAUUCUGCGGCGACUCAACAGCACCCUAGAGCCUCCACCGGACGGCAUAUUGAGGCUGAAGGGCCAGAUGGUGUCCGUGCCGGAAUCCGACUGCAUCCUCUUCCUAUGCUCCCCACGUGUCAAAGGACUGGACGACAUGCUGAGAAUAGGGCUGCACUUCAGCGACUUGGCCAUUCACGACCCCGUCAGGAACCUCAUCCUAAUUUCUCAUCAUAGGAAAGGGGAGCGGGAACUGGUGGACAAGCUCGACGAAGCUUCGAACAACCUCAAGGUGUUGGACGCCAAGCUACGGGAAGACAAGCGCAGGACAGAAGACCUGUUGUGUUCCAUCUUCCCCGCGCGAGUUGCGAAGAAUCUCUGCCAGGACUUACCAGUCGAGGCGGAGAUGUACGAACUCGUCUCUUGCCUUUUCUCGGAUAUUGUGGGAUUCACGACGCUCUGUGGCAACGAGAAUAUCCAGCCAAUGGACAUCGUACGACUGCUCAACAGAUUGUACGUGCAAUUUGACGCGUUGACUGGCGUGCACGGUGUUUACAAGGUGGAAACUAUUGGGGACGCAUACGUGGUCGUGUCUGGGAUACCAGAACUGACGGAUGAUCACGCCGAUCGGCUCGUUGCCAUGGGGCUGGCCAUGCAAGCAGUAACCCGCACCAUCAUUUCUCCAGUCGAAGGACAUCCCAUUGAGAUUCGCACGGGCAUUCAUUCAGGACCAGCAAUGGCGGGGGUCGUUGGCGUACAAAUGCCGCGGUAUUGUCUCUUCGGCCACACUGUUACGUUGGCGAACAAGAUCGAAAGCAGAGGCCUGUCAAGUCACGUGAACAUAAGCGAAACAACAAAGAGCUACCUUAUCAAAGAUGGCUACCAGUUUACGGAAAACGCUGACAUUGGAGACCUGGAAGUGAAAUGUUACUACGUCACCCGUCCCUCAGACUCGGAUUCGUCCGUCAGCGACCCAGCGACACUGGGUGUGGCCCUAUACGGAGGAGGUGGCCAUUUCCGGUCACCUACUGGGUCUCCUGUACACUCCGAAAGGCCGACACCCGUGGGAUCCCGAAGCUCUUCAACUCACAGUUCUUCUCCCAUCGUGUCGCCUCUUAAUCCUGACCUGGUUACUGCUUCUGGUACCUGUUCAACAUUAUCGAGCUUACGACGAAAAAUACGGCGCGCCUUCAACUUUCCUCCCGUGGACACUCCAAGCCCAACCUUCCCCUGCCCUUCUGAAGGAACAGAAACCGACGAACUUUUCACCGACCCUGCCUUAUGUGUCAUCCAAGUCGAAUCAGCGAGCAGUCACGAACCAUCGCUAAGCAGUGGAACUCUGUCAUCGAGGACGUCACCUUGCGUCGAACAGAGGACUGUCAACAAGACGACUCCGUCAACCGUUGACUCACCGCGGUACGACCAGCCUGAUAUAGCCAAGGAAGAUCUCAAUGACCUCCGCAAGAGUGUGGAACGCCUAUGCAGCUUCACCGCAUCACCGGGGCACGCGGCGGAACCGCGUCUAGUGUGCCACUGGGACAAUCCGUCUUCCAACGUCUGUCCGUUCACCGCUCAAGAUAUGAACAGAAACCUCCAGGAGUACCUCGAGAUAGCGAUAACAGAGACGUGCGAGUCAAAACAUGAAGCAGGCGACGCGAACGUUUCAAGCACGGCUGCUGCAAAUGAUCCAACGACCACGAUUACACUUACCAGUGCCUUAUGUAACGUACCGACUACAACGCCGACGGAAGAAACGGCAAAGUCACGCUGUAUCAGCGGAUGGAGAAAAUUAAUGCGGAGGCAUAAGAGAAGCGAUAAAACCAGUAGUCUUAAUCUAGAUUUGCAUUUGACAUCCAAGAGGAGGAGUUCCAAGGAUGGAUUAAGUUUGCCGGCUACGCCGGGGUGUCCCAUGCAGAAGGUACUUGCGGAAGUGAUGACGACCACGAGCUUCGGUGACAAUGCCUUAUCGUCGCCGGGUAACAGGACACAAAGUUGUUAUUCGUUCAACACGUUGGAAGACAGGCACGUUGCCGCGGUGAAAAAGAAGUCGACGACGCGAUUUGGACUGCCUCACUUCAACCUGCACUUCCCCAAAAUCGGACACAGUUUAUCGAAGAGCAGUAUCUUUAGUCGUGUUGCCUUGCCCUCCUCGAGAUAGUGUUGAAUGUAGUUGCGAGAUAUUUUAUGUAAAGUAAUGUACAAGGAACAUUGACCCUGAUCCCGAGACAAAUGUCCUAAUUUCAGGUGGAACAUCACCUACGUAGGUGGCUUAUUUAUAUUGUUUUAUUUAUUUGAUUUCAGCUGUUUUGAACAACUUCAUUACCGUUACUUAUUAGUACCUAUUUAUUUAUUUGCUAUUUCGUUCAUUUUGGUCCAGAGGAUCGUUUCUCAAGAAACAACCAUUUUAUCUCAAUGUACAAGACGCCACACAGAAGAAAUAACGAUAAAAAAAUGCAUAACUAAGGCGAACUAAUUUUUGUAAGAGACUGUACGAUGUGUAUAGUGGACACUUUCCAGUACAUGUAAUGUUUUGC